UCUGUUACCUUACCACCAACUCAAGGACUCAAAGAUUGUUUUUCUUCCUCAAUGGCGUUUAUGAGACUUGGCUCCAAAUCCGAAGCUUUCCAUCGUGAAGGCCAAACCUGGCUUUGCACCACAGGACUCGUGAGUGAUGUUACCAUUGAAGUUGGAGACAUGAAGUUUCAUCUCCACAAGUUUCCGCUGCUCUCUAGAAGUGGGCUUCUUGAGAAGUUAAUCGAAGAGUCUUCAACUGAUGAUGGAUCAGGCUGUGUGUUGAGUUUGGAUGAGAUACCGGGAGGUGGCAAAACGUUUGAGCUUGUAACCAAAUUCUGCUAUGGUGUGAAAAUCGAGCUUACUGCUUUCAAUGUUGUUAGCCUUCGAUGUGCAGCUGAGUACCUUGAGAUGACUGAUAACUAUGGAGAAGGGAAUCUUGUUGGUAUGACUGAGACUUUCCUCAACGAAGUGUUUGGGAACUGGACUGACUCGAUCAAAGCUCUUCAGACAUGUGAGGAAGUGAUUGAUUACGCUGAAGAUCUUCACAUUAUCUCUAGGUGUGUUGAUUCGUUAGCUGUCAAAGCGUGUGCUGAUCCAAGCCUUUUCAAUUGGCCCGUGGGAGGAGGAAAGAACGCAACGAGUGGGCAGAACACUGAAGAUGAAUCGCAUUUGUGGAACGGAAUCUCUGCGUCUGGAAAGAUGCUGCAACCUACCGGUGAAGAUUGGUGGUUUGAUGACGCUUCUUUUCUUAGCUUGCCUCUCUUCAAAAGACUCAUUACCGCUAUUGAAGCACGUGGCAUGAAGCUCGAGAACAUCGCGAUGGCGGUUAUGUACUAUACAAGGAAACAUGUUCCUCUGAUGAGUAGACAAGUAACCAUGGAUGAGCAAGUGAUUGAGACACCAAAUCCUUCUGAAGAAGACCAAAAAUCUUGUCUUGAAGAGAUUGUCGGGUUGCUUCCGAGCAAGAAAGGUGUAAACCCGACCAAGUUUCUUCUCAGGCUUCUUCAAACCGCAAUGGUGCUUCACGCAAGCCAAUCCUCGAGGGAGAAUCUGGAGAGACGAAUUGGAAAUCAGUUGGACCAAGCUGCUCUAGUUGAUCUUCUUAUUCCAAACAUGGGAUACUCUGAAACGCUUUACGAUGUUGAAUGCGUUUUGAGAAUGAUCGAACAAUUUGUUUCGUCAACCGAACAAGCAGGCAUCGUCCCUUCUCCUUGCAUCAUCGAAGAAGGACAUUUGGGGAAGGAUGGAGCUGAUUUGCUAACUCCAACAACGUUAGUGGCAACUCUUGUUGACGGUUAUCUCGCUGAGGUGGCACCUGAUGUUAACCUGAAGCUGGCGAAGUUCGAAGCCAUCGCUGCCGCAAUCCCUGACUAUGCAAGGCCACUAGAUGAUGGAGUUUAUCACGCAAUCGAUGUGUACUUGAAGGCGCAUCCAUGGAUUACGGAUUCAGAGAGAGAGCACAUAUGUAGACUCAUGAAUUGCCAGAAGCUCUCAUUGGAAGCUAGCACACACGCGGCUCAGAACGAGAGGCUGCCUCUUCGGGUGAUUGUUCAGGUGCUCUUUUUCGAACAGCUUAGGCUCAGGACAUCUGUAUCGGGCUGGUUCUUUGUCUCUGAGAAUCUAGACAACCCCGAUAACCAACAUGGUGCUAAUGGCGGUUUUAAACCCAGAGGUGAGAACGUAAGAGAACGGGUUUCUGAGCUGGAAAAGGAGUGUAUGAACAUGAAACAAGAGCUGCAUAAGCUGGUGAGGACGAAGAGAAGCUGGAAGAAUUUUACCAGGAAGCUUAACUUCAAGAAGAAAUCAGAAUGCUGCAAGCCAAAGGAUCAAGCAACACCAGCAAUUUGAGCAAAAUCCUCUGUUUUAAGGCAGAACUACUAGUAUUCUCUUCUCGUUUAGAUUAGCUUUGUUUUUCUGGUUCUUGAUGCGACUCUGUUUUCAAAAGUUUUCAUCUUUCUCUUAGUAUCUCGCUAAGAGUUUUGAUGCUUUUUAGAUAAAACUAGAGCUCUUGU